CGGUUUGCUCACUGCCUGUGUUGUCAAACGAAUUGCGGUUACACUCGUCUCUUAUUGGAACAGUUUGAUUACAUAUGUGAUUAGAGGGUACGUUCUUUCACAAACACAACAGUUUCCCACGAAUGUCCUCUUCCGUUUCAUCCAUCGUUACUUUUUCCUUUAUAUCAAACAAGGAAAACAAGAAAAAAAUACAGCGCAGAAGAAUAAAAAACACACUGAAAUCUCACCCCUUACGAAGAUGUCUGUAGAGAUUGGGAUGUUGUUGAUCGGCUCAACGGGACUUGCCAUUUUCAUCGCCGCGAUAACAAUUGUCACUUUCCAGUUGCUGAGAUCCUACGUGCACAAAUGGAUUCAAAUGAAACCCAUACCCGGACUUAGCCCUACCUAUCCAAUUUUCGGCAAUGCUCUUCAUUUUAAAACAGAUGGAGGAGAUUUCUUUAGUCAAAUGGCAGAGAUAACUGCUGAACACAGGGGUUUACCACUAUUGAAGAUAUGGUUGGGCACAUUGCCAUUUGUGUUGCUGUAUCAUGCAGAAAACGUUGAGGUGAUGCUGAGCAGUUCCAGGCAUAUCGAAAAAUCAUAUGCAUAUGUGUUUUUACACCCAUGGCUGGGCACAGGCCUACUGACAAGCACUGCUGAAAAAUGGCGUUCACGAAGAAAGAUGUUAACGCCAACAUUUCAUUUUUCAAUCUUGACUGAGUUCUUGGAGGUUAUGAAUGAGCAGUCAGAUAUAUUGGUCAAGAAACUGGAAAAGCACGCUGAUAAGGAAACCUUCAACUGCUUCAGUCACAUCACUCUCUGUGCCUUGGAUAUUAUUUGUGAAACUGCAAUGGGAAAGAAAAUCUAUGCUCAGAGUAACUCUGAUUCUGAAUAUGUUCAGGCUGUUUACAGGAUGAGUGAUAUAAUACAUCGUAGACAGAAGAUGCCAUGGUUUUGGUCAGAUCUUACAUAUUAUGUCUUCGGUGAAGGAAGGAAGCAUAACAGAAACUUGAAAAUUCUACACUCCUUCACUGAGAGUGUUAUUGCUGAGAGGGCACAAAAUAUGGCCAGUCCUGAAAAGAAUUCUUUGAGCUCUGAUAGUGACACAGAUCACAUUGCCAAAAAGAAAAGGAAAGCUUUUCUUGACAUGCUCCUGAAUGCCACGGAUGAAGACGGCAAUGGCCUGAGCCAAGAGGAUAUCCGGGAGGAAGUGGACACCUUUAUGUUUGAGGGACACGAUACCACAGCCGCUGCUAUGAAUUGGACAAUUCAUUUGUUAGGCUGUCAUCCAGAGGAACAGAGAAAAGUUCAAAAAGAACUUGACGAAGUGUUUGGUACCUCUGACCACCCUGUAUCCAUGGAAGAUCUGAAGAGGCUGCGAUACCUCGAAUGUGUUAUAAAGGAGUCUCUCCGCUUGUUCCCAUCAGUUCCUUUUUUUGGGCGUACCUUUUGUGAAGACUGUAACAUAAAUGGUUUUAAAGUGCCGAAAGGAGCCAAUGCUCUCAUUAUCCCAUAUGCUCUACACCGUGACCCCAGGCACUUCCCAGACCCUGAGGAGUUCAGACCAGAGCGCUUCCUCCCAGAGAAUUCCUCCAAGAGACACCCUUUUGCAUUUGUUCCAUUUUCAGCAGGGCUAAGAAACUGCAUCGGUCAACGCUUUGCACUGAUGGAGGAGAAAGUUAUUCUCUCCAAGAUACUGCGCCAUUUCCAAGUAGAGGCCAAACAGAAACGGGAUGAGAUGCGCCUCCUCGGGGAGCUUAUCCUUCGUCCAGAGAGCGGCAUCUUGAUUCAGCUAACAAAGAGAACACAGAAACUCAUAUAAUCAUUUGGUUACCACUUUUUAAUCCUUGAGCCCGGUACCUAAGUUUUGACUCAUUGAUACCACCCAGAGGGACACAUUUUAACAAUGCAUUUUUGAAAGCCCUAUACCUGUGGAUGGUAUAAAUGUAUUAUAGCAGCUUUGAUCAUGUAGCUUUAUAUAAAAAUCCAUCACUUAUAAUCGCCCCCCUCAUACUAAUAAAAAAGCAGUACUACACAAUUAAUAUUCAUUAUGCGAACAGAGAAUCAUUGUAAAUCAGUUUUGAUAAACAAUUGACAGUUAAUUACAAUAACUAUUUUUAUAUCAAAAUUAACACUUUUUACUAACCCUGUAUUUUGCUUUGCAUUUGUAUUAGAACUAAUCUGUCAAGUUCAUCGUCACGUGAGAGACCAAAAUCACUCACUUUCCUGAUUUUCUUGAUUUUCACAAGUCUUGAGUUUGCACAUGUCUGAGCACUUCAUUCCAUUGCUCGUGCAUAGGCAGUAUGGUAGCUGACAGGAUCUUGCACAUUUGCAGGCCAGAACUGCUUCAGGUGCUGGAGAACCAUCCAUCCAGUCGAUAGUAAGGUCAUCUUGGCCAUCUGCAGACUCAAGCUUCCACCCAAAUCCAAUGGGAUUUGGAAUUUCAGGCCUCUUUUCCAAGCACCUCUUACAUAUCGCUGUUUGAUAGUUAGCUGUCUGUGCAUGUUUAAACUGAUACGACUCAAUCUCACCCUUCCUACUGCAGAAUAGCUGGCACCGAAAGUCAUUUAAAUUGAUGUCUUCAGAAUUAGAUCCAUACAACUGCCAGGUAAACUGGUCGAAUUCGGAGAACAGGAAUGUAGAAAGAUUCCAUCCCUGACCUAGUAACUGAAAGAUAUCUUGUACUGAUUUGUCUGUUUCCAGCAUUUUCAAAGCACUAGUCUUUCCACGCCCAACAAAGGCACUGACAGAAUCGUUGCCUGUGAAAGCACGGAGUCCUAGUAUUCCCUUACACACACCUGAACCACAGGCACUGCAGACUUUACUAGUGUCUGUAAAUCUUGUGCGAGUGCAAGUUCCACAUUUCACAAAGAGAGGUGCAUUAAUUACAUCAUUGAAGGCAAGGCAGGACAGAAACACAUCAGUGUCCUCAGAAGUAAUGACAGCUGCUCUGCUUCCAGAUUUUGCAGCAUGAGAAGCAUGGAGUACAUGUCUUGUAUCUGCUUCUUGGUGUGACUCUAACUGAGGCACGUUUUCACUGGUGUCCUUUGUAAUUCUGUAGCAUCUAUGUUUGUAACAAAAAUACUUUGUCAUCUGUAAUCAGUUUUUGAGUCCCUGGCAUCAUCCAUUCGUUGACUGAGAAGUGUAUCAGUGCUACUUUGUUGUCAGUACUUUUAAAAAACGUUCUCCACUGGCUAACCAUUUAGCCUACAAUUAUGUUCUUGUACUGACUCCUAAGUCCUGACAUCGGUUUAGUCAAAUACAAUGUCAGUUCUUGAACUUUGGGUACUUUCUCUGAGGGCUGCUAACAGGACUGAUGAUGCAACCUGUCCAAAGGUUUUCUGGUCUGCCUUUACUUUAUGGACCAAUGCCAUGCUAUUAAUAAUUGUUGCUAGGGAUAAGGAAUGUCCUUAGCAACAUAUGCUUCUUUCUGCAACUCUCUGCUAGAACGGCUUUGAUGGUUUUCCAUGGUUGACAGAGAUCAUGGCAGAGGCCCAAGACAUUCCUUAUGUGUAGCUCUUUCCUGGUCUGGGCUGUCAGGAUCAUUUGGCCAAAGAGUUUCCUGUCUCUUUGAGAAUAAGGUCCUUGCCCUUUGCUUUCAUUUUCAUUUUCUUUUUUUGUCAUCUGAGAAUGUCUUCAACUUCUGUUUUGUCAGAUUGUCAUGAAAUUUGUACUUUGGAGUCACACUCUCCAGUGUUCUGCAGUCAGGUAGAAUCUGGUCACAGCUCCUGGUUUCAGACUGUAUUUUCUGAUCACUCCUGGUAUUUUGAAGUCUUUGUUCACAGUCUCCUCAGUUGUUUGAUCGACUGCAAUCUUCCCAAAAGCGUUUUCUGACCCUAAUUGAACUGAGAAUCCUCCGUGUUUGAAGUGUUCAUAGACUUCAGGAUGUUCAGUGGGGAGCUUUGACAUAUCUGCAUAGUACACAGGCAAAUAUCGUGAGUCAUUCGUCUUAUCAUAGGUGAAGCCCAUAGCCCAUGGGUAACAAUCUGACGUGCAGCAUUAUCAAUGAUCAUGUCAUUCUGAGAGUGUUCUGAGAAAGUCUUCAACAAGCUUCUGGUUUUCCUUUGCCAAAUCAUAAACUGUGAAUUUGUCUGGAAUGACAAGAAGUUUGCCUUUCUUAUCUGGGAAUAUGUGGAGUGCUUCCUUGAAUUCAAUUUUCAGUUUUUUUGUUAUGUGCUUUUUGGUAGAAUCCAGUAUCUUCUUGAUUCCAGCAGUCAUAAUAUGGUCCAACAGUUUAGCUGUAAGAUCAACCAUUUUGAUAACUUGAGGCUUUGCAUCACACCCUGCAUCCUCAUCUGCAUUCAUUGUCUGAAUUCCCUGACACAGAUGCUGGGUUACUGUCCAGUCUUCUUGUGUAGUUUCUGAGCAUGAGCAGUGAUAAUGUGCUUCAGCUGUCACAAUAUCUCAGAGAAACCAUACCAAGGAUUCUUUCAUCUUGCUUUCCCAUGGCAAUUUGUCUGACUGUCCUGUCAGUGUGGAGAUCUAAACAUUGUAAAGUGGGUUCUCCAGUUUGUGACCCCUUCUUAUACUUUUCUUUUUGACAAAACAUGUAGUGCUUCUCAUACCCCCCCAGAAGCUGGGGGCGGUUGUCUGCUUGCCCUCUUGUAGCUGUGUAUUUCAGGAGCAGCAUCUUCAGAUUUGUAGUUUUUAUUUCAUUGACUAAAUCUUGCUUCAGAGUGAAUCUGCAUCUGCAAAGUCUGGUAAAAUACCAGAGGUACCUGUUCUUCAGGGGUGCUUUUUGACACAUCCAGUAUGGUUCCUAAUUUUGGCUGCAUUUAGGAUAGUCUCCCUGGAUGCAAAGUCUUUGGGUGUAAUCAAAUAACUUUCAGGGCUUGUAUCGGUCACUGCACAGACAAAAGUGAGAUUGAUUCUGGGUUUUUUACUUGGUGGGUGGUUAGUUUCUUGCCUAUCUGUGUGGGAAACAUCACAACUACUUGUAUCACCAGCUACUUCCGUGACAAUAUAUUAAAUUGUCUUAGGAUGGGGAAUAGCAUUCUUGGAAAACUUUCUGUCUCUCCUGGGAUUUUUAGAUUUUAUAGAUUUUUAUAUCUAUCUGGGCAGGUUGUGGUACAUUUUAUGUUGGUUGUGAUACAUUUUACUUCCCCACAUCAACUUGUCUUAAAAUAAAAUCAAACAAAUACAUUUGGGGCCGUUGUCUCUCAGCCUCUCGGCUGCAUUGCCAUUUGGGCCUAUUGCAGUAGAACAUUUUCUAACAUCCAUAACAUAUCUGAAUUUAAUAGGCAGUCCAACUAUUAUUAUUUAUAUUAGAACAAUUCCCUGUCUAUCUAGCGAAUUCCCUUUAUUAAAUAAUACCCCAGAUAUAGGUAAAUUACAGUAGUUAUAAUUCCCCUGUAGUUUCCCCUAAGUCCAAUUUAAUUGUUUACAUUCCAGUUUAGUAGGUUCCAGUUCUAUUUAUAAUUGUUCUCCAUAUACAGUAGUUAUCCCACUGCUCAAAACUUAUGUACUGUUUACAUACAUUUUGUUUUUUAUAACUUUUGAAUUAGUCUUUAACCUGAAGCAAUAAAAACGAUUAUGUUAGGGGCAGUACCUUUUGUCUCUCAGCCACCCAGCAGCACUCUGUAUCUGUCAUUUGGGCCUAUUGCAGUAGAGCAUUACUCCCAGCAUUACCCCCCUAUUUAGCCCUGCCUCCCUACUGCUACACUGCUUUCUAGCGGAAGUCCCUAAUAGCUGCCUCAUUCAAUUGCAUUGAAUUCCAGGCUGUUGUUUCACUUUGUUUAUUCCAUAGUCCCUACUAUAUAUAUCCUUUCCUAGAAAAGUCUAAUUUAUUGAAAACAGUUAGACACAAUGUGAUAUAUUUAGCAAUGCUUGCAUGACAUACGUGGUAAUGUGAUAAACUCAGAAAAUUGCAGGCCAUCUUCGAUGUUGCAUAAAAAACUACAUCCGUCAAACUGUCAUAUAUAUUUUAAAAUCUUUUGACUAGACCUAGAAACUGACACCAUUCAAAAUUUGCCCCCAAAAGUAGUACUAGCCGUGCUCAUGGACUAUUUGUAAAAAAAGUGGUAUACCUACAGUACCAAUUUUCGUACUUUUUUUUUUUUUUUUUUAUGAAGUAACCUGAUUAGGUGGAAACAGAGAUACAAGAAAGGCAAAUUUGUAACUUGUCUGACAGUCUUCAUAAAAUAGUGUUUGUAAUGGAUAUUAGUUCAUAUAAGCCACAUGUAUUACUUUAUGUUGAAUAGUACUCUUUGUUUAUAAGAAAAAUUAACCUGCUACUUUGGUUUGGACUGCAUGGCUGUAUUUUAAAAUAAUUAGAGUCAACUUGCUAUGUGUGAGAAAAAUGAAUAUUGCCUGAGUUAUCAGUGCCUUCAGAUUGUUUUAAUUUCUGGACAGAAGGGGAAACAUGGUAAUAAUAUGAAGUAUAUGUUUGGUUUGCUGGGCAGUAUAAUUCUGUAAUUAGAUCUCUUAUUGGCAGUCAAGCUCUAAAGGUUAAAAAAUAAAUAAAUAAAUAAUAAAGUUAAAUUAUGUCUGUACGUUAUUAUUAACUUAGUGUGAUUAUCAAUCACAUGCAGUAAUUUACUGCUUUUUAGUCUGGAAAUGAAAUUGAGCUGACACACCAGUGAAUUUUAACAGGGGGAAAAAAAAAAGACAUUAAGAUUUUAUCCACUUCAACAUUUACCAAGUGGAAGCUGCCGUAAUAUGACUAAUGCCAAUAAAAUAUAUGCUACAGUGUGUACAAUAAAUGUUCUAAAAUAACUGAAAUAUAAAAUACCUUUUUUAUUAGCUCUAA